AUGACAGGUGGUUGUGCGGCAUUUGGACAUACCUGUUAUGGUGGUUAUGGUAAAAGAUUUGAUUCGACUGUGGAACGUAACAGUUUAAAAGACAGUAUCAUCCGGAAUAUUCAAGAAUCUAAAGUACCAUUGCCGAAUGUCGAAUUAUUUUACGUUUUUUCGAACGACGAAUUUCGGGAACGAUCUGGUCAGUCUUUUAUGAAGACUCACAGAGACACUCAACGAGUCAAUGUUCAUCCUCUGUCGUUUUUAGUAGAUCAAUGGAUAGCGUUGCAUCGUCGCCGACAUCGUACAGAUAUGGACAUCACCAAUAAGUAAAAGGAGAUGAAUUACCGUGUACCAAAACUAAGCAGAUUCGUAAA